AUUCACUUCACCAGUUCAGUUCCAAUCGUGACCACUGCAUCACCUUUGCAAUGCCGCUCCGUUAUCAGGUACUAAUUUGUCUUGCGGUAGUCGGUCUAGCUUGUGUGACCUCUGCUGCCAAUGGAGAUGAUGCUGAUGCUGCACUGGAUCCAAUCGAAACGCAUCCCAACAUCCAGCUGAUCAACCAGGAAAAUUGUGGUAAAAAUGACUACAUGUUUGGAUAUGCCGAGGACAGGAAACCCAUCAUUAUGCAAUAUCCGUGGAUGGUUCAGCUGCGGCAUCCGUUCCAAAAUCCCGAAUACGUACCGUGCAAUGGACUGCUGAUCAACAAGAACUACGUGCUGACGACAAACUGCGUUGAUUGGGACGACGAUGUUUCCGUAACGCUCGGAGACUACCGAACCGACCUGACCCGGGACUGUGAACCGCGUGACCAGGAGCCGCACUUCUGUCUCAACCCCGCUCAAAUCAUCCCCGUAUCGGAACACACCAAAAACGACCAACUAGUGCUCGCAAGGUUGUCCGUGCCGGCGUACAUCGGUCGCCGAAACCACAUCGAGGCGGCGUGUCUUCCGACGAGUCCGGAACAGCGCGAUCGCAUCUACCCCAGCUACAUCCUGACCGGUUGGAAGGAGUCCGGCAAAGAUGCCAAGUUUCUGCAGCGAGCGAUGCUCGAUUUGAUUCCCCGGCAGGAGUGUCAGGAAGAAAUGACCCAAUAUCCGUACGGCGAUGUGGAGGAGAAGAACGUGACGGAAGCGAUCGUGUGUGUGCGGAACGUGGCGGAUCCGAGCCGAAGUCCGCGAUGCAACGACUAUCAACCGGGGACGGUGGUGCAGGCGGUUGAGAAGACAAGCAAUCGGUACAUUGCGCACGGGAUUCAGACGGGGAUUUCGUACUGUAGUAAGCCGGAGAGGUUCGUCAGGAUUGCGCACUAUAUGCAGUGGAUUUUGGACACUAUCAAGCCAUGAUGUUGAAUUCAACAGCAUUUCGUGAAAUAUUAAAUAUUUUUUUCGUAUGAAUAAAUUAAA